CGGGUAACGGUGUCGCGCAGAAAGGCGGAUCCCUUUUUGCCACUUUGUCUUUCAGAACUUUUGUAGAAGCAGUUUCUACUAAACAGUCCUUGCUGUGCUGUUUUAUCUAAACUUGGUACGUGUUGUAGUGAAACAUUUCUACAUUCAGUCGAGUUCUUUUGACUGCAGGUAUUACCGAAAACAGAGAGUACUUUCUCUCUCUCAGGCUUAGCUCGCUAACUUUGAACGCUGUCGUCAGCUGCCCCGCARCACUCAAAGAAACACACAGAAAGAAGAUGGAAGAUAAAGAACUGAUGUGGGCAUUGAAGACCGGAGAUUUGGACGAAAUUGUAAACAAGCUGGUAACGGCUGAAGAUGUAAAUCGGACCCUGGAAGGUGGGAGGAAGCCACUUCAUUACGCUACAGACUAUGGCCAGACAGAUGUGGUGAAUUAUCUCAUUUCUAAGGGAGCAGAUGUCAACGCUUCAGACAAGCAUGGGCUCACUCCACUGCUCUGCGCCUGUUUCGAGGGUCACUUACCAUGUGUCAAGAUCCUGAUUGAAAAGGGAGCUGACAAAACCGUAAAAGGACCGAACGGCCUCACUGCCUUUGAGGCUGCUGAGACUGAAGCCAUGAAGGCGCUGCUCAAGUGAGACMCCACAGUAUCGGAGGCUGGACAGGUGGAUGAACAGGUGUACAGAUGGAUGCAGUGGUCCCCUGACAGAAGAUGGACCCCCCUCCCCCUCCUCUUUUACCCUCAUCAACCUCUGUCUUAACACUGCUUUUGUCUGUUUGUUGGAUGUUCAUUUGGUCUGUCUGGUGAUUUUCCUUUACCUUUAAUUUUUUUUUCUUUGCUUUUCCCCAAGUUUUUUGGGAAAGUCUUUUCUCUGCCUUUGGCCUCUGUCUGUAAGGAGGACAUUAAGUCUCCCUCGGGGACCAAAUUCUAGAGAAAUCCUGUUGAAUUUGAAUCCUAAAACACUGUUCAGGCUAGAAAUCAGACUACACCAUAAAUGCAGGCUCAUCACUUAAAUGUGCAUCUUAACUUCCGCUGUAAAAAAAAAUAAAACAAAAUGCUCAAUAGUGUGUUAAUAUUUUCCACAAUUUUAUUACAAGUAUUGUAUGGCCAGAGCUUKAUCUUGUGAACUAAUUGCACUGUGCUAUACUAGAUAGAAUAAUAAAGAACGGUUGUAAUGUUUCAUUAUGUAAAAAGAAAAUCCUAUUGUAUUGCUUCUUUAUACUUUAUUAGACCAAACUGUCUCACAUCCCAUCUGGAAACUUUUGAAAUGUUGGGUUAGAGAAUUCAAUAGGUCACUUUUUUUUCUUCUUAGCCCUAUAUCACUCCACAUAUCAAAUUUGUUUGGCAAGUUUGCUUUAUUAAUAAAUUUAAAAUYUAUGUUCUUUGACCAAUCAUCAUGCUGGUUAACAAGGAGAAAAAACUUGAAUGUUGUAGUACUGCUAAAUUCCUUUUGAAAUAAUGCUAACAGCACAUAUUAGAAACUCUAGAAAGGUMAUUUCUUCUUGGAAGUGGGGUUUUUAGAGCAAUGAUUCUUUUUUUGUUGCRGAGUUCCUUUCUGUUUUAUCGACGGGCUCAAGGUUGUGUGAAUCAUGGGUAAACGGGUUGAAGCUUGAUUUUUAGGGAGGRAGGGUGGGUGUUGAUGUUCUCCUUGCCUUGGAUUUGGUUUGAUGCCCUGCCUGUUUUUUUUGCUGCAUGUCAAAACUGUCUCUGCUUUAUGUUAUAAAAUGGUUGCUGUCCUCUCGGUUGCUUUCAAAUGACAUACUAGUAUGUAAUGGACAAAAAAAAAAAAGAUGCUCUCACUGGCUUUGUUGUGACAGAAGUCUGUAAAAAACGAAAUAAAAAACUACAUAUGAAAAAUG